UAUGUACAGUGUUAUGAUAAGGAUUUUAAGUAUUAUUUAAAUAAUAUUAUUUAUUUAAAAUGUCACUAUUAAGAAUAGUGUUGUGCAAACAACAAACAAUUUUUGCAUCAACUGCAAGAAAGCCAUUGGUAAAUUAUGCAUUGGAAAAAACAGGGUACGUUGUUCAACAAUUUAAAAACAACUUCAAUUCUCAGAUUAAACAGUUUGUUACACAACAGUACAAAAAGCCAAAAAGAUUAUCAAACAUUUCAACAAUUUAUUUGAGUACAUUGGGUGCAUCUGCAGUUUGUAUAAUUAAGAAUAACAUAAAACAUGUGAAAUGUGAGCCAAUGAAACAAAUGUCUAAUAAAACAAAAGAUGUCGGACCACAAUUUAGUUGGAAAAGUUUUUUGAUGUAUUUGUACCCUCACGUUUGGCAAUUGUUAAUUGCUCUGUCGAGUGCACUUAUAGUUGCAAUGUUGAAUAUUUGGAUACCGCAGUCUGUUGGUAACAUAAUCAAUGUGUUGACUAAAAUAGUUCAAGAUAAAGAUGGUAAUACAACAAGGAAUACUUUAGAAAUGCUUUUGAAACCGGCAUUCGUAUUGGCACGUAUGUAUAUUGCACAAGCAUUUUUUACAUUCAUUUAUAUUCACACACUUUCUCACAUUGGUGAAAGAGUUGCUAUGAAAUUACGUCAAGAUGUAUUUAAAUCUAUAAUCGUUCAAGAUGUUGCAUUCUUUGAUAAGAAUCGUUCAGGUGAAAUAGUAAGUCGUUUGACUAGUGACAUUCAAGAUUUCAAAAGCGCCUUUAAAAUUUGUAUAUCGCAAGGUUUAAGAAGUUCUACGCAAAUUGUCGGAUGCGUUAUUUCUGUAAUAAUGGUAUCACCACAUUUAACAGCAGCAAUGUUAUUAUGUUUGCCAACGGUUAUAUUUAUUGGUACCCUCUUAGGAAGAAGCUUGCGCAAUUUGUCAAUUGAAGCACAAAAUCAAAUUGCAAAAGCUACCGCUGUCUGUGAAGAAGCCAUUCAAAACAUAAGAACGGUUAGAGCUUUUGCUGCUGAGAAAAGAGAAACAGAAUUAUUUUCAAAAGAAGUUGAACACGCUUCUAAAUUAUAUGAAAAUUUAGGAUUUGGUAUUGGUUUGUUUCAAGCGGGAACUAAUUUAUUUUUAAAUAGUAUAUUACUUUGUACAUUGUAUUUUGGCGGCCAUUUAAUGUCAACUGGACAAUUAACGUCUGGUGAUCUUAUGGCAUUUUUAAUGGCUACGCAAACUGUUCAAAGAUCAUUAGUACAAUUAUCUUUAUUAUUUGGAACAUAUGUGAGAGGGACUAGUGCUGGUGCACGAGUUUUUGAGUAUUUAAAUAUGCUGCCAUCUCCUAUGAUGAUUGGAGGAAAGGUAAUCAAUGAUUACUCUAUGGCUGGAAAUAUAGAAUUUAAAAAUGUUCAAUUUAGUUAUCCAACUCGACCGGAUCGGGUUAUUUUGAAAAAUUUUAAUUUGGAUAUCCCUGCCGGUAAAACAGUUGCAAUUGUCGGUACAAGCGGAAAUGGUAAAUCUACUAUUGCUGCCUUGUUAGAAAGAUUUUACGACGUCAACGAGGGUAGCAUUUCGAUAGAUAAAUGGGACAUUAGAUCACUAAAUUCAAGUUAUUUACGUGGUUCAGUAUUAGGAUACAUAGAUCAGGAACCAAUAUUAUUUGCAACAAGUAUAAUGGAAAAUAUAAGAUAUGGUAAAGAAGAUGCUACUGAUGAUGAGGUUAUAGAAGUCGCAAAAGAAGCUAAUGCUCACGAAUUUAUAACGCAAUUUCCAAAAGGAUAUGAGACUCAAGUCGGAGAAAGGGGUGCGCAAUUAUCCGGUGGACAAAAACAGCGUAUCGCCAUUGCCAGAGCCUUACUAAAGCGGCCAUCAAUUUUAAUAUUGGAUGAAGCUACGAGCGCAUUGGAUUACGAGAGCGAAAGGGUGGUUCAAAAAGCAUUGGAAAAUGCUACCAAGGGUAGAACUGUAUUAGUUAUUGCCCAUAGAUUAAGUACAAUUAAAUCUGCUGAUAUUAUCGUCGUAUUGAAUCGUGGUGUUAUCGUUGAGAUGGGCACCCACUCACAAUUAAUUCAAAAUAAAGGAACGUAUUAUAAAUUAGUAAAUGAACAGGAAACGGAA